AUGUUCGCCAUGUUGAUGCUGUUCGCUGUUGCCGCUCUAUUCGCGGGGGUCCGGGCGGACUCGCUGUGUCCUCAGACAUCCUCCGUCACCUGGGUGGAGGACAAAGCUGACUGUUCUACUUUCUAUAUGUGUUACCAGGGACGUCAUUUUAAGUAUAUCUGUCCGUCUGGUCUCGUCUGGAAUCCGGACAGUCGGACGUGUGUUAACAAGGGAUCACCCAACGACAAAUGCACGACUCCAGCUCAAGUCAGAAUGCCGUGUCUGUCCGGUAACAGCACUCGUGAGUCGCACGAGGGGAACUGUGCCAAGUACUAUGAGUGUGGUGUGACCCGGUCCGCAGGGGCGGGCACCCCCACCCUCAUGGAAUGUCCAUAUCCCCUCCUCUUUGACGAUCAGAAGAUGCGUUGCGAGUUCCCGGAAGUCGUCAAGUGCGAUAAGCGAAUCGAACCCACGGAUCCAUGCGAAUAUGACGUCAACAAGUGCGACGAAAGUGCAGACUGUCCUCCGUGUUACAUACGUUUUCCGAGUUGUAAAGGACUUCCGGAGGGUCUCAACGCCUGGAAGGGCAAAGAGUGGACCCCACAUUUCGUCGUGUGCAAAAAGGAACGUGUUGUCUAUACUGGAAUGUGUACAAAGUCGGACGUCGGAAAACAGCGGAUGUUUAACCCGGAUGAACGGGCAUGCGUUGAACCAUUGAUCCUCACUUUCAAGCAGCCAUAAGAAAUUGCAGGCUCCAUCGCCGCGAUCUUGUAUCGGCAACAGACGUAAAGUGUCACGUGUUUCCUCCAAAUGUGACAGUUAUUGUGCACGGAUUUGGAAACAAAAAAAAAACUAAAAUAAG